AUGUCAAAACUGCCAGACGAUUACCUGGAGCGAGUCUAUGCUGGAGUACUUGGCAAACUUAUUGGAGUCUAUGUCGGACGCCCAUUCGAGAACUGGACGCAUCAGAGAAUAGUUGAAGAGCUCGGCCAUAUUCGCGGUUACGUUCAUGAAAAAGUUGGUGAUCCUCUCGUUGUCACCGACGACGAUGUCUCUGGCACAUUUCAGUUUGUUCGAGCGCUGGAAGAACAUGGUUACUCUCCUGAUAUAUCAUCCGAAGACAUUGGCAAAACAUGGCUCAAUAACGUUAUUGAGAAUCGUACUAUAUUCUGGUGGGGCGGCAGGGGCAUGUCCACGGAACAUACUGCGUUCUUAAAUUUGAAGCGAGGCAUACCUGCACCUCUUAGUGGUGCAAUACAGACAAAUGGGCGGACCGUUGCCGAACAAAUAGGCGCGCAAAUUUUCAUUGAUGGGUGGGCUUUAGUAGCUCCAGGGAAUCCUAAGCUUGCAGCUAAACUCGCUCGUGCUGCUGGCUCGGUCGGUCAUGAUGGAGAGUCUGUAUACGCUGCUCAGCUGUGGGCUUCAAUGGAGUCAGAAGCUUUUAUAUCACAGGAUAUCAAUCACCUUCUCGACACUGGCCUUUCAGCUAUUCCCGAAGACUCUCUUGUUGCUCGUGUAAUACGAAAUGUUCGAAAAUGGGUUGCAGAAGAUAGAGAUUGGAUGAAAACCCGCCAGCGUAUAGAGGAAGCAUAUGGAUACGAUAAAUUCCAUGGCAUUUGCCAUGUUAUCCCCAAUCAUGCUGUCAUGAUAAUGGCUGUAAUUUAUGCCAGCCACGAUUUCGAUGAAGCUAUGCACAUCAUCAAUACCUGCGGCUGGGAUACUGAUUGCAAUUCGGGCAACGUGGGUUGCCUUGUUGCCACUAUGCUUGGCCUCUCUGCAUUCCAAGGGAAAUAUGACUGGAGGGGUCCACUGGCAGACCGUGCCCUGAUUUCGAGUGCAGAUGGCGGAUAUUCCAUUAAUAAUGCGGUCCGAAUUGCGUAUAAUAUUACCAACAUCGGUCGACGACUAGCUGGCCAGAAGAUGCUCGAACCUCCAAAAGGCGGCGCUCAAUUCCACUUUAGCCUUCCAGGGAGUCUUCAGGGUUUUCAGCUUUCAUGGCCAUCUGGCACAAGCCAAGGAACUUCGGCUGUCCUUCAGCAACGAGUUAAUAGCUCCUAUGGCCCUGGAUUGGCUGUAGACGUGGAAAAGUUCAGCAAGGAACAGGGCCAGAUUGAAGUUCUUACUCAGACUUUUACACCGAAAGAAGUUUUGCGCAUGAAAACUUAUGAGUUAAUGGCAUCACCACUCGUAUACCCUGGCCAGACAGUAACAGCAAAAGUGUACGCCGGCGACGAAGGAGAUGGCCAUAUAACCGUUAGGUUGAAAUUGAAGGUAUAUAGUCGAAACGAUGAACUGAUCGGAGUUGAUGGGCCUUCUAUCAUACUUCGCACUGGGGAGAUUCGGUCUUUGGUUUGGACAAUACCGGAUGAAAUGGAUAGUCAGCCUAUUCAAAAAAUCGGUAUCGCGUUAAGCUCUGGCGCAACAAGUCCUUACAGUGGUACAGUUUGGCUGGACAGCCUCUCUUGGACAGGCGUACCAGAUAUGGUACUCAAAGUACCGCUGCAGCAACCAUGUGGAUUCUGGCGUCGAGCCUGGGUUAAUGGCGCCGAUAAUUUUAGCAACUUCUCGUUUCUUAUUGCCCAGGGGCAAGGCGAGGGCAUCAUAAUUUACGGCACGCGGGAGUGGGAUAACUACAGCAUUACAGUCCCUAACCUCAUGGUCAAAUUCGGGGCUCCGGCUGGUCUAGCAAUCAGAGUUCAAGGAAUCAACCGUUACUAUGCAGUUACUUUCACCAACGACAAGAAGAUCAAUAUCGUAAAGGCACACGACGCGCACAGGAUCGUACUCGCAUCUGCGGCGUUUUCAUGGGAACUAGACUAUAAAUAUCGAGUAACGUUGGCAGCUUGUGACAACACCAUCUACGUUCGUGUUGAUGAUACAGAGUUACAAGCUUCAGACAAGCAGUACAAGGGAGGAGGAUUUGGGCUUAUUGCAACUGAUGGCUGCGUUUCAGCAGAUUGCUUUAUGAUUGCACGAAGUACUUGA